AUGCUUUAUUGUAUCAAAAUCACUCAUAAUGAUGACACCUUGGCUUUACAGCGUGACCUAGUCAAACUAGGCCUAUGGGCUGAUAGGUGGCUGACGCUGUUUAAUCCCACCAAAUGCUACAAAAUGUCUUCACACCGGAGUAGAUCCCCAGUAGUAAAAGACUACUCCCUUCACAACCAAACCCUGGUAGCUGUCCAGCAAAAUCCCUAUUUAGGUGUUUUGCUGUCCAGCGAUUUACAGUGGAACUCUCAUGUGGACAAGAUUGCAAAAAAGGGGAAUUCUAUACUUGCGUUUGUGAAAAGGAACUUGUGCGCCUGCUCAGUGGAAACCAAACGAGCAGCAUAUGUAUCACUUGUCAUGCCACAUCUAGAGUAUGUGACUGCA